UGUGUGUGUGUGUGUGCAUGCUCAUUAGGAGACAGCUGGGGAACAGGCAGCAUCGUGCUGAAGCAGCUCUGCAUAGAAUGGUGGAUCUGAGCAUCACGUCUCCUCUCCCAUCCCACUGUCAAGGCUCUAGCCCUCUUCACCUGCACUGAGUGCUUAUGAAGGACCACCAGGGCAUCACCAUAGCAGACCGCUCCAGGAGCUGAGGGUACUCCACUAUCUCUGGACCAAUGGCGAGGUAUCGCCGAGCAGCGUACGCCUUGGCGCUCCUGGUGUGUUGCUUUUCGGGCUCUUCUGCACUAGGAAGCCCCAAGUUGUCCUCCUAUGCCAGGACAGAGGACCAGCUGUUCAAAGACCUCUUCAGCACUUACCAGAAGUGGGUUAGACCAGUGGAGGAGCUCAACGGAACAGUGAGGGUUAAAUUUGGCCUGGCUAUCUCACAGCUCGUCGAUGUGAAUGAAAAGAACCAGCUGAUGACAACAAAUGUCUGGAUGAAACAGGAAUGGAUAGACAUGAAGCUCCGCUGGAACCCUGAAGAGUACUUGGGCAUUACCUCCAUCCGAGUCCCCUCCGAUUCCAUAUGGAUCCCAGACAUUGUGCUUUAUGACAAUGCAGAUGGUCAGUUUGAGGCCACAGUCACCAAAACCGUGGUGAGAUAUGAUGGUACCAUCUCCUGGACCCCCCCUGCAAACUACAAGUCCACCUGCACCAUAGACGUCACUUUCUUCCCCUUUGACCUUCAAAACUGCACCAUGAAGUUUGGCUCCUGGACAUACGAUGGCUCUCAGGUGGACAUCGUCCUGGCUGACGUUCAUGUGGACAAACGGGACUAUUUUGACAAUGGCGAGUGGGAGAUCGUCAAGGCGACGGGCAGCCGGGGACUGCGGAUGGACGAGAACAGCUACUACCCCUUCAUCACCUACUCCUUCCUCAUCCGACGGCUGCCGCUCUUCUACACACUCUUCCUCAUCAUCCCUUGCAUCGGCCUGUCCUUCCUCACCGUGCUGGUGUUCUACCUGCCGUCCAAUAGCGGCGAGAAGAUCUCCCUGUGCACCUCGGUGCUCGUGUCCCUCACCGUCUUCUUGCUCGUGAUCGAGGAGAUCAUCCCGUCCUCCUCCAAGGUCAUCCCGCUCAUCGGCGAGUACCUGGUGUUCACCAUGAUCUUCGUCACACUGUCAAUCGUCAUCACCGUCUUCGCUAUCAACAUCCACCACCGCUCCUCAUCCACGCACCAUGGUAUGGCGCCCUGGGUGCGCCGCAUCUUCCUGCACCGCCUGCCCAAGCUCCUCUGCAUGCGCAGCCACGUGGACCGCUACGCCACUACCACUAGUGGGCAGCAGCGAGCAGGCCGGAUGGGCCUUGGGGGCUUCACGAAGGGGCUGGAACAGGAGGACACCACUCCACUGCUCUCCUCCAGGAACAACCUGCAGGCUGCCCUGGACUCCAUUCGCUACAUCACUCAACACGUGGUGAAGGAGAACGAAGUGAGAGAGGUGGUCCAGGACUGGAAGUUUGUUGCUCAGGUUCUGGACCGGGUGUUUCUGUGGGCCUUCCUGCUGGUCUCGGUUCUGGGUUCGGCUCUGCUCUUCAUCCCUGUCAUUUACAAAUGGGCUAACAUCAUCGUCCCAAGCUACAACGGCAUCAGCAGUUGAGCCGCAUGCCUGGGAUCAUAUUGAGAUUGUAACACACUGUGCAGUAUGCCAAUACCAUACUGGUGAACCAAUGCAUCCAAAGCACAAGCACCAUAUACACUCAUGAUGCUCUUCUUCGAAUGGAUCUCAAGAGUUCUCAGUGACAGAAAGCUCAUAAUGUGUGUCACUGUAACUAAGCUGCGUUCAUUCAAGCUGUGUUCACUAUAGGCUGGCGGUGUGUGAUGUACCAAGGCACUUUUUUUCUUAUCAUGAACAUAUCAAUGUAUAUCAACAGAAAGAGACAGACAGCUCUAUAAAUUAGGUGGCUUGAGAAUGGUGGUAUCAAAAAAUGCCUGGAGAAUUUUGCUUGUGAUCUAGAAGUCACAAAAGUGUCAUGACUCAUGUUGUUUUGCUUUCUGACCUGUUUGGAAAAUAUGAUGGAUUUGGAUGGAAUUAAUGGUGCAGCCCUUUGACUUCAGAGAAAUUCUCUGACCUAUUUUUGUCUAUCUGUCUGGUGUGUGUGCUCUAAAAAACAGUGCCCCUGCCCAGCCUUGGCUCUGACAAUGAAACACGAAUGGACCAAACCAUAUAUUAUAUUCCAGCCAAUGAAUAAUGGUGUUUCAGGAACAUGGGAGUGUAUUGGAUUGGCUGUUGAGCUCCAAUAUUAACAGUCUUUCACCAGGAUGAAGGCCUGUACUUUUAAUAUAGAAGCUAGGAUGAGUCUGGGUGCAAUUGUGUCAGUGAGGAUUUGGUUUUACCUUUUUUGCACAAGGUACUUGUGGGAUGUUCACCCAUUGCUUGACAGUGCACUGACUGUGCACCGGAAACUAUGCUCUCCUUUUACAUGCCUUUGCAGGAUCUUGCCUUGUUGUUGUACAGUUCAAAUGUAAUGCUAUAUGGAGCAACCAACAAUGAAACAACCAAAUAAUGAAUGUAUCACUGUUAUAAAACAACAAGAACAAAGACAAUAGUGAAUGUCAUAUGAUUACAUUCUGUAUCGUCCUGCAAAUAGAGCUCUUAUUUAUAAAGAUGUGUGUAUUGUUAGAUAUGUGGAACACACUCACUCUGAUAAAAGCCACAUUUUUCUCAGUCUUAACCAAAGGCUCUCUCA